GUUGAGCUUCUUUCACACUGUACCGUAGCCCAUCAUGCUAAUCAUAGGUGGCAGCCUGUAGGGUCCUGACGGCCACCUCUGUGCUGCUGCUGCUGCUGUCGUUGCUGCAGACGAGCACCGUCGGCUUGAGCGGUCUCAUCGGCUUUGACAGGGAAGGCUUUCGUAGAAAUGGGACCUUGGUCGCGUCCGAGAUGCACCACGACGGCCUGCAGCAGGUGAGCGUUGCACCAGGCCCAGAAAACACCGCGCCAUCCACCGCUGUUGGCCACGCCACCCCCUUGCGCGCUGUCGACCUUCGUAGGUGCUGCUCGCCACCACUUCUCAAAAGUGUUUAGCGCACUGCGGUAUGAACCCUGCGACCCGAGUUCGAGUUCCUGCUCGCGGCUGGAUAAUUAUUGCCAAUUGAUCCUUAUGGUGGUACACCGCGGUCCCAAAUAUUACAAAAUGGCCUAUGCAAUUAAAUAUUUUAUUUCUCGGACACUUUUUUCCAGGGGUGUACUUCACUCCGCGACUGGGGCACCAAUCAAUCCGAAAUCGGUGCUACUCCGCGACAUCGAAAUGCCAAACAUCAGCAUAACAAAAAUCCUUUGAAUAGUCCAUCGAGAUGAGUUGAUUGCCACAUUGCCGACCAUCGACAGACUAAAAAUGACUGCAUCACGGACAUUAUGCAAGAGCCGGGGUACUAUGGUACCCUGGGGUACCUCCAUAAGGUUCAAUUAUCCGAAUCAGUCCUGUGCCUUCCCUAGGUCGACCUCGCCUCAAGUGAGUACCUGGUGCAGUGUGUAAAGGCCACCACAAGGGAGACGCUAAGGUGGCCAGGAGUGGCGCUACACAGCACUUUCCCCAACGGUCUGUGAAGGCUACAUGAGGGACCUUUGUCUGUUUGUGUGCCUGCAGGUGGGUACAUGGUCUCUAAGCGAGGACAAAGGUUCCCGGACAGAAAUUAAAUCAUCCAAGUUUUUCUUCCCACGAGAUACCCUCUACAUCCUCGCUCCAGAGGUUGCAGGCUUCGUGUCCUAUGGGCAGGCCAGCGUCUCCAAGGCGUCCGGGUUCCUGGUGGACCUACUGGAACUCAUCGCCGAGAAGCUGGAGUUUGAGUACCAGCUCAUUCCGUACGACCGCAGGCAGCUGAGCGACGUGGCGCUCAUUGCAGACAUCCGACGCAGGCUCCUGCUGCGCGAGGUGGACUUUGCCCUGUUCGGUUACCCGAUAACGAACCAGCCGGAGGACGAGCGGCUGGCACUGUCGCCGCCCAUCCUCGAGAACGGCUACCACAUCAUCAUGAAGGGCAAGGAGGUGAACGAGCCGCGCAUCUUCCAGUUCCUGGAGCCGCUCAACACGCUGCUGUGGAUCUCCAUGCUGUCGGCAUGCGCAGGCAUCAGCGUGGUGCUCUUCGUGCUGUCACUGCUGCACCCCGACGAGUGGUACCACCUGGCCAAGCGCAAGCUCGUGAGCCGCGAGCAGGGCCAGAGCUUCAACCUGGUCAACAGCUUCUGGUUCGUCUUCUCGGCGAUGGUGAAGCAGGGCAGCGACCCGCUGCCGCUCUCCAUGGCCGGCAAGAUCAUCGUGUACACGUGGUGGUGCUUCGUGCUGGUCGUGUGCUCCACCUACACCGCCAACCUCGCCGCGUUCCUGACGGCCGAGGGGCAGACAAGCAUCCGCUCGCUCAAGGACCUCACGAGGCAGAUGGACGCUCGCUACGGCACCUACAGCGGCUACCGCAUCGUGGGAUUCCUCAACAGCUCGGCGAGGGACCCCUACAUGACUGUGUGGCGCCACAUCCGCGACAACAGGACCAUGGUGGCGUCGCCCAAGAAGGGCCUCGAGCAGGCCGAGAAGGCGGGCUACAUCUUCAUCGGGGAGGCCUCGGCCGUCUUCACGGCCAAGAAAGACCACUGCGACCUCAUCAUCUCGGACCGGCGCUUCUUCCGCCACCGCCUCGCGCUGCCGUUCCCGCCGGGCUCGCGGCUCGCCGCCGAGGUGUCCCGCGCCGUCACGGAACUGGAGGACUCGGGCCAGCUGGCGGAGUUGGAGCGGCAGUGGUUCGCGCAGGAGGGCCAGGAGUGCGUGGGCCUCAGCAACGAGCACCAGAUCGAGAUGAAGGACUUCAAGGGCGUCUUCUACUUCCUCAUGAUGGGCAUCGCGGCGGGCUGCGGCGUCUGCUUCGUCGAGUGCCUCUGGUUCAAGCGACGGGACGAGGAGGGGGGGGCGGCGGCAGGGGCCGCGCUGCCCCACGACGGAGGCACCAUCACCAUCGACCAGCUGCAGUUCAAGUGACGCCGGCCCAAGCGGAGCUCGGGUUGAAAUGUGAAAGGCAAAGGCGGCGCGGGCCCUGCGAUCGCCUGCUCGCGCCACUGCUGGCGAAAGGGCCUCCCCCCCC